GCUCACUUCUUUAUAUUUUUUUUCUUUUCUUUUUUCCGAAUCCCGUCCUUCAUUCCUCCGCACCUUCUCGUCCUCAUUCUCGCUCUUCAGCCCUCUCUCAGCCAACUUAAUACCCUAGUCGAAAGCGCAUUUCGCCUAUUUCUAUCAGCGAUUGAAAUAACUUCCAAGCAACAGAAAUGGCUCCGAACUUCAAGGUUUUGAUUGCGGGCGCCAGUUUUGGUGGCGUUACCUUGGCCAUUCUCCUGGAGCGCGCUAAUAUCGCAUACGAGGUGUUUGAGGCCUCCCCUGGCGUUUCACCCAUAGGUGGUGCGGUGGUAUUAGGGCCAACGGUGAUGCCGCUACUUGAGCAAUUGGGCCUACUCCGCAAAGUGCAAGAGAUAUCGAAGCCUAUCAAGACCAUGCACCUUGUCCAGGAGGGCAUGAAGCGGAUAGGAGAAAUUGACCUCUCGGACCAUAAGGAGCAGACGGGCUACGACUCCUUAGUCGCAACAAGAUCCGAACUCCUGGCAGCGUUGACCACUCAAAUCCCGUCUCAUAAGAUCCAUUUCUCCAAACAAAUUGUCUCCUUCUCUGCCAACAAAAACGAGGUCGUGAUCCGGUGUGCUGACGACACGAAUUAUACGGGCGAGAUCCUCGUCGGAGCCGAUGGCGCGUUCUCCCGGAUCCGAGAGUUGCUCUAUCGACAGGUCGCUAAGAAGGGUAUCUUGCCGAGAAACGAUGCUCUGGCGACAGCAGCUGAUGCCGCAGUUGCGAUGGCGUCGACUGUGCAUGGAAUUGAAUCGGAUCAUGAGGAUACAAGCGCGGAGGGGGAAUUGUUACAAGGUGGACAUGUCUCUUUGGUGGGUGUCACGCAGCCGCUGGAUGCGGAGAUGCUCCCGAUUCUGCAGGACGCUGAUAGUCGAUCAGAUACUGUCAUUGGCGACCACACACCUCAUUCGUGGAGCUAUUUCACCGUUCCAGGGAACCGAAUAUGUUGGGCGGUCAACAUGCAAUUGGACGAUCUUACCCUUCAGGAACAACAUGUCCGCACGCCUCCCAAAUCUCCUCCAUCGCCCACACCAUCAUCCAUCUCCUCGUUCUCCGCAUUUUCGACCUCUUCUGCAGAAUCGCACCUCUCACCAGAGUUAGGAUGGGAGACCGAGGAACUCGGGACGAACAAACUGGGAAAGCUACUCCGCUCAGAAGAUUGCCGUUCAUUCCAGACACCUCUCGGCAAAACACUCGGGGAUCUGAUUGAUGCGACGCCCAAGGAGAACAUUGCUAGAGCCCUCACCGAGCAGACCUUGUUCGAGACUUGGCAUCAUGGACGGACGGUCUUGAUUGGAGAUGCCUGCCAUCGGAUGCUGUCCAAUGCGGCACAUCAGGGAGCCGUCAAUGCGAUCCAAGAUGCGGUAGUGCUCGGAAACCUGAUCCAUGACCUACCCUCGGCUUCGCCUGGAAACCUGGUCGAGAUAUUCAAGGACUUUCAGGCGGAUCGUUACCCCCAUAUCAAGGCUCAGAUGCACAUGAAUAUCAAGGUCGGCAAGUUGAUGUCGGCGCAGAGCUGGACAGAAGCAUUGAUGCGUAAAUUCCUAGUGCGAUACAUGUCCAGGAUAUACCAGCACUUCUGCGACGACAAAAUCCUGGCAGAUCGUCCGCAGGCGACGUUCUUGCCACUGAUCGACAGUCGUGGACACGUUCACGCCCAUCCUCAGAGGGAGCAUAAAGUCUUUGGCGGGGAUUCGGGUUGAAACUAAGAAACCAAAUAUAUCUGUCUGCGUGGUCAAAGCAAAAAAUAAAUAGAACAAAGUAGAGUGGAUCGGGCAUUCAUCCCUAAACUAUAAUAGUAACUAAUUGGUUUUCGAGAACAACUUGGUUUAUUUAGGGCUAGGCUUCAUAAAAGGACGUUUUAAGGAAUAAAGGGAAGGGUGAUCAUAACAAAGAGCAUGCCAAUAUGAGGGAGGAGGGGGGGCAUGGUAUAUGGCGGAUCGAAAAAAGGUGAAGGAAAAAAGUUAGGCGAGUAGCGAGUAGUGAGUGUGAGUGGGCUUAUGACAUAAAAAUAAAAUAAACUAAAUGAUUACAAAUUAGUGGCGAAAAAAAAAAAAAAAA